UAUUUUUAUUGCGAUAAGUCUGCUGCUGGACGCUGGCAUCAGAGUUUGAUAGUACUGAGAAAUAUGUCGCUCUUUGAGAGUCUGUUACCCAGUAAUACUAUGGAUUUGUGAGAAGAACACAUAAUUAUUGUGGGAUUACGUUUAUUUGGCGGCCUCUCGGCGUUGCACGGGCCUGGAUAAGUUACAAACCGAGCAGCCUCUUCUACGAACAGUUGGUCAAGCUAGCCGCCUGUAGUAAAAUGACGGAAGACGUAUCGGUGGGCUGCUAGCUGAUUAUUUAUCUUUGAAUUAGCCAGGAACUGGUACAGCUAGCUACCAAGACAAGACCCCAUCACCGCUGAAAGGCUGGAGUAUGGAUUUCUGACGGAUACAACGACUUUUCUGUCAUUCUAACCGCAGGAAGAAAAAACACGCCCAACAGUGAAACAUCGGGUUUACUGUGUUUGGAACUGAACCUCGCAGGUGUCCGUGGCUUUCAGAGCGUUUCUCAGUGGCCAUCCCCAUCUACAAUGGCAUCAUCUUCCUCUUUGUUUUGGCUAACUUCUGUAUGGCCACAUUCAUGGACCCUGGCAUCUUCCCCCGAGCCGAGGAGGACGAGGACAAAGAAGACGAUUUCCGCGCUCCACUGUACAAGACGGUGGAGAUCAGAGGGAUCCAGGUCAGGAUGAAGUGGUGUUCAACCUGCCGCUUCUACAGGCCGCCACGCUGCUCCCACUGUUCUGUCUGUGACAACUGUGUUGAGGACUUCGACCAUCACUGUCCGUGGGUGAACAACUGCAUCGGCAGGAGAAACUACCGCUACUUCUUUCUCUUCCUGCUGUCUCUGACAGCCCACAUCAUGGCUGUGUUUGGCUUUGGGCUGCUCUUCAUCCUCUACCAUCGGCAGAACAUUGACCGCCUGCACGCCAUUGUCACGCUCGCAGUAAUGUGUGUCGCAGGCCUGUUCUUCAUCCCUGUCGCUGGCCUCACUGGCUUCCACAUAGUCCUUGUGGCUAGAGGCAGGACGACCAACGAACAAGUAACGGGGAAGUUCAGAGGAGGUGUUAACCCUUUCACCAAUGGCUGUUGGAAGAAUGUCUCUCAUGUCCUCUGCAGCUCACAGGCACCCAGGUAUCUGGGCAGGAGAAAGUGUGCACAGAGUGUGAGUCUGCAGCCUCCUUUUCUUCGGCCACAGCUGACAGAGGCCCAGCUGGCUGCAAAGAUACUGGACAAUGGCAUACAGGGAGAUCUGCACAGGUCAAAGUCCAGUCUGGAAAUGAUGGAGAGCCAGUCCUGUGACGCUGAGCCACCACCACCUCCUAAACCAGAGCUCCGCUACCCAGGAAUUACCAGAGGAAACACAGAGGAGUGCAGUUUGCUGAACAAGGCCCCUCCCACUCCCACUAUGUACAAAUACAGGCCCACGUACAGCCCUGGCAAGAACCACACGGCGCUCACACAUGCUUACGCCAACCAGCUAAGUCGAGGGGAGAGCGUCGGCAGUGCCAGGGACUCUUCCUCCUCCACCUCUUCCCUCCUCCAGGCCAGCCAGCAGCCUGGUUUCCGCUCGCAGCCCAGCCUGGAUCGGAGGGAAACGUCGUCUGAAAGAGUGGGAGGGGGAGGAGGAGGGGAGAGGAGGGAGGUGGGGCGAGAGGGAGGAGGAGGAGGAGGAGGCGGCAUUCCUGGCUAUUCUCUGGGCGGGCGCUCCUACCCCUCCUUCUCUGACCCCACCGUCCUGUCUGCAGUGGCGUCGCGAUCUUCCAGCUCCACUCACACCUCGGCGGGCACCGUCCACGUCUCAGAGGCCACCACCACCUCCGCCAGCUUCAAGAGCUUAGCCAAUCAGACACCCCCGCCCCACCACCCGUCUCGCAACGGGAGCCUGUCUUACGACAGCUUGCUAGCAGGCGGCGAUGAGUUUGACAAAGCAGUGGGCGUGAGCUCGGUGGCCCCCGACGGCUCCGGUGGGAGACCCUGCACGCCAGCGGCGGGUGGUGGCUACAGCUCCCCCUUCCUGUCGUCACAGCAGAGAGAGGCUGAGAUGCAGUCCCAGUCCACCCAGUCACCCCACCACCACCACCGUUCCUCUCACCACCACCACCCCUUCCUCCAUCACUCCUCAUCCUCCACGUCUUCCUCCCCACCGCCUCCACCAGAGAGGGAGCGCCUGCUGGGCGAGCCCCACCUACCUGCAGCGCCUGCCGGUCAAACCUCUGCUCCACCGCCCCCACACCACCACCACCACCAUCACCAUCACCACCACCACUCCCACCACCACCAUCAUCACUCCUCGUCCUCUUCCUCCACCUCUCGUCCUCCACGCUUUGCUGCCCCUCACGCAGGGCCCCACCACGCCUACCCCUAUCGCACCCGUUCGACCGACACGCCUCUGGGCUCCUCCUCCACCACGCAUCCUCCCCGCUCCCCACACCCCCCACCUCUGGGCAAGUCGCUCUCCUAUUCAAGUGCAGCCGCCGCCGAAAUGCAGUACCGGCUGGUCCGCAAGGCCUCGGCGUCGGCCGGAGCAAACGCAGCGGGGGUAGGAGGAGGUGGAGGCGGAGGGAUGGGAGGAGGAGGAAUCCAAGUGCCGAAGGAUGAGCUGAUGCAGAUGAAAUCUCUGAGUCGGAUUAAUGGAGGUCAGCCCUUCUCCUCGACUUCCACCUCCUCCUGCUCCGCCCCUUCCUCUCCCUGUCACCCAGUCAACACGUCCGCUCCGCCCAGAGCAGCCUGUCCCAGCCCAGCACUGAUGCUGAGUCCUGCCCACAAGCCCCAAGGCAGCGGGGUGAAGAAGGUGACUGGUGUCGGGGGCACCACCUAUGAGAUUUCAGUCUGACUGGCAGUCGGCCUCCAGCUCCAGGACCAGUGGGACAAAGUGGACGCAGCACUACGUCUUUAUGCCCGCUAAGGAACAAAUUCAGAUUUUACCCAAAAAAACAGCUUCCUGCUGUGGACCUGGACCUUACUUCUCAUUGGCUGUGUGACUGAGCAGCCCCUCCAAUAGAAACCUGGUCUAAAGUGAGGCAGAAUCCCAGGCGCUGCGCUAGAAAAGACUAGUUCUUGGUCCAAACAGACCCCACGGUGCUCACUUCUGCUUAGGUCUGUGUGGCAUUGUACAAGCAUAGCAGCGAAAAGGCGUUAGCACUGCCAGGGAUGGGGGCUGGAUCCCCGGGGGUCCACUCUGGAACAGGUCUGGACUCGAGCUGAGUUUACCUGAUGUUGGUUGUCUCCCUCUUUUUUAGACCUCAUCAUUUUCACACUUGUAUCUAGAUCAUGAAACUGUGGAACCCAGAGGGCUCCCCCAGGACAGGUGAUGAGUCACACCAGGGGGAGUGCAGGUAAAGCGUGCUUUUACCAGCAGCAUCCACCUGAUGGAGCAGUCAGGUGGCACUGGACCACAGGUGUGUGCGUGCGUGUAAUCCUGAAACCAGUCAAAGGGAGCUGUUAGCGGCUCUGUACCUUUCUGCUUCGAUGAUGAUGAACUCUGAGUUCGUUCCUGAUGGAGGAAAGAACAGUGUAAGAUUUGAAGGGGAGGGGCACGAGCAGACUUCUCUGCUUCAUUUGUCCAUUUAUUCCUAGAUGUGAAUAUGAUUCCAUGUUUGUACAGGAUGUGUUUUUCAAUGUGGUUUCCUGUUUUAUAAAAAAAUAAAAAGUGGACUGCAGCAUGCACUACUCCAACCCUGUAGGCCGCCAUGUCUGGCUGCAGACGCACAGGUCAUUCCAUCUGAAAGCAUCACAUUUGAUUGGCUUAAAAAUGGUUUAAAAUGGGACACGUGUACUGAUUGUAAAUGCAAUCUGCAAAUAAUCAUGUGGAUAUUUCGUUUAAAGCAAAGGCCCAUCCGUUCACUGUCAGAUGUGAGUCAGUGUUUGAACGUGACUCUAAAGAAAAGUCUGACCACGAAACUGAAUCAGGAUCAGUCGUUACCUUCAGGUACUGCAUAAAUAAACUGGGCUGAGCUGAAACACCAGGAAGCUCUCAGUGGUGGGCUAGUUGGAAAAACUGCAGAAGACAAGUGACAGUUUGACAGUAAUGCAAAAUAAGAUCAGCAGACACGCUGAUCCAAAGGGACCCAGGUGCCAUAUGGUGCUCUGAUUCUAACCUUUGUUUUUAUCAGCAUGUCUCACAGCUGAAGAGACUUUCAAGCUACAGAUAAAUGUAGGAAAGGACGAGGGAUGAAAACAGGAUGUAUACACAUUAGAGAGUGUGUGUGUGUGUGUGUGUGUGUGUGUGUGUGUGUUGAUUUCAGAUGGUACGACCACUCGUUGUGUUGUCUGAACAAACUAAAGUGAAUCUGGAAACUGUUUCAACCUCUCGUUGUUAAAGAUGGAGCAGGAUUUUGUGGCACAUGAGCGAAUGCCUUGAAAAUGCAAGUGUUGUCCUUUUUUUAUUUCACCUAUUUAAAUUGACAUUGUUUUAUAUGAAUUUCUAUGGAAAUCUAGCUAUUGAUAAAUAUUGCAGAGUUUUUAAUAUUGACCCAGAAGAGGUUGUGUUUGCCAUUGUGUUUGAGCCUCUGGAUAAAACCAUUAAAGCAGCACCUCCCAUUGCUUCAGGCUGAUGCUUCACAAACAUGUUCCAGUUCUCGCGGCAGCACGACUCUCUGAGAUGACAAAGUACACACAUUCUGUACUCGAGUAGAACAGUCGUGCAGAUACUCCAGUAGAAGUUGAAGUACUGACUCAGCGUCUUUGGUCGAGUACCAGUGAAAUGUACUCGCAGUAAGAAAGUAACUGCUUGAAGGACGAUUCUGCUGUUUUAAUGCACAGAUGAGUGGACCUGCUGCUAUAUUAUCAUAAUAAAGUAAUAUUAGUCAAAUUUAAA